CCGGAAGCAGUCCGCGCCGGGGGCUUCUGGGAAACGGCUUGUGAGCGGCGUUUCUGCGUCUGCCGUGGACAGCGAAGCUGCUGCGGACCCUGAGCAGGAGGAGUGCUUGUGAAGAAAACGGAGUAUUUCCCUGAGGCCUGUAUCCUGCCUUGAUUGUCUUUCCUUGAAGUAUUAUAAAUCAGGAUGUCUGCACAGUCAGUGGAAGAAGAUUCAAUACUUAUCAUCCCAACUCCAGAUGAAGAGGAAAAAAUUCUGAGAGUGAAGUUGGAAGAGGAUCCCGAUGGGGAAGAGGGAUCAAGUAUCCCCUGGAACCAUCUGCCUGACCCAGAAGUUUUCCGACAGCGAUUCAGGCAGUUUGGAUACCAGGAUUCACCUGGGCCCCGUGAAGCUGUGAGCCAGCUUCGAGAACUUUGCCGUCUAUGGCUCAGGCCAGAGACACACACAAAAGAACAAAUCUUGGAGCUGGUGGUGCUCGAGCAGUUUGUUGCCAUCCUACCCAAGGAGCUACAGACUUGGGUUCGAGAGCAUCAUCCAGAGAAUGGAGAGGAGGCCGUGACAGUGCUGGAGGAUUUAGAGAGUGAACUAGAUGACCCUGGACAGCCGGUUUCUCUCCGUCGGCGAAAACGAGAAGUGCUAGUAGAGGAGAUAGUGUCUCAAGACGAAGCUCAGGGAUUACCAAGUUCUGAGCUUGAUGCUGUGGAAAACCAGCUCAAGUGGGCAUCCUGGGAGCUCCAUUCCCUAAGGCACUGUGAUGAUGAUACUAGGACUGAAAAUGGAGCACUAGCUCCAAAGCAAGAGAUUCCUUCAGCAGGAGAAUCUCAUGAAGUUCCUGGCACUCUGAAUAUAGGUGUUCCUCAGAUUUUUAAAUAUGGAGAAGCUUGUUUCCCCAAGGGCAGGUUUGAAAGAAAGAGAAAUCCCUCUCGAAAGAAACAACAUAUAUGUGAUGAAUGUGGAAAACACUUCAGUCAGGGCUCAGCCCUUAUUCUUCAUCAAAGAAUCCACAGUGGGGAGAAACCCUACGGAUGUGUUGAAUGUGGGAAAGCAUUCAGCAGAAGUUCCAUCCUUGUGCAACACCAGAGAGUCCAUACUGGAGAAAAACCUUACAAAUGUCUUGAAUGUGGAAAAGCCUUUAGCCAGAAUUCUGGGCUUAUUAAUCAUCAGAGAAUCCAUACUGGGGAGAAACCUUACGAAUGUGUUCAGUGUGGGAAAUCCUAUAGUCAAAGAAGUCUCAGUCUGAAUUCAAAUAUUAUUACACGACAGAGAAUUCACACUGGGGACAAGCUCUAUGAGUGCCUUGACUGUGGGAAAGCCUUUUGCCAGAGCUCAAAGCUGAUUAGACAUCAGAGAAUUCAUACUGGAGAGAGACCUUAUGCAUGUAAAGAAUGUGGCAAAGCCUUCAGUUUGAGCUCAGACCUUGGUAGACAUCAGAGAAUUCAUAGUGGUGAAAAACCCUAUGAAUGUUGUGACUGUGGAAAAGCUUUCAGAGGCAGCUCAGAGCUCAUUAGGCAUCGGAGAAUUCACACUGGAGAGAAACCUUAUGAAUGCAGUGAAUGUGGGAAAGCCUUCAGCCGGAGCUCAGCCCUUAUUCAGCAUAAGAAAAUUCACACUGGAGACAAAGGCUAUGAAUGUAUUGAAUGUGGUAAGGCUUUUGGUAGAAGCUCUAUUCUUAUUGAACAUCAAAGAAUUCACACUGGAGAGAAACCUUACGAAUGCAACGAAUGUGGAAAAUCCUUCAAUCAGAGCUCAGCCCUCACCCAGCACCAGAGAAUCCACACUGGAGAGAAGCCUUAUGAAUGUAGAGAAUGUAGGAAAACGUUUAGGCAUAGGUCAGGCCUUAUGCAGCAUCAGAGAACUCACACCAGAGUUUAACUCUGUGGGUAAGAAUUGUACAAUUGUGAAAUACUAGGAAUUCACUUUGGGGGUGAGUUUCCACAGAAGAUAGAAAUUUCCUGAGAGCAGAGUUCCUGUCCUUCCAGCCCAGUUCAGUCCUGUAAGAGUAGAUCCACACAAAGAUGUUGUGGGACGGGCACCUUCACAGUAAAUCCAGGAUUGGGGCAGAGAUCCUGGAGGAGCUCCUUAUAAGGUAGAUUAAGAGGUGAUGCCUCCAAUGGCAAGGAUCCUGCCCAGAAAGAGUACUUGUGCAUUUGGCAAUUGGAGGCACAUGCUGAGAGUUAUUUAGUUGUCUAAAAUGUUCAAUUGUGAGGUUAUGAAAUGUUGAAUUAUGCCCUGGAUCAGUUUAGCAAGAUCUGGGGAAUGGUAGCUCAUUCGGCCCCUUGUCAGUUCUCUCCUCAGCCCUGAGCUUCCUGCUGAGGUCAGCUGAGGUCUACUUAUCUAUUGAGCACCUGCUAUGUACCAGCCACUGGGGGCAGUCAUGGCCAUUGCCCUCCCAUAGUUAAGGGCUAAUGAGAUAUACAUAUUUAUUAAGCAGGUGUUUACAGUAAAGCAUGAUAAGUGCUUUUUAGUAGGAUAAAUCCAGGACUCUUAUCUAAACACAGGGCAGGGGUACCUAACCUGGUCUAUGAGUCUCUAAAGGCUGCCUGGAUGUGAUAUCUCAGUUGAGAUGGAAAAGGCAGGCAGAAGUUAGCCAGCUCAAGGGCAAGAAGGAAGAGAAGAACAUUACAAGCAGAGGUUACAGCACAUACAAUGGCAUGAAGACAAAAGGAUCUGGAGACAUCCCUUUAUCAGGAUUCUUCUCUCUGGCAGAAACUGGGUCUCAUAGACCCUGGUUCAGAAGCCAGGACAUGUGUUGGCUCCUCUCUUCUUAUUUAUAAUCACUGAGUUGAAUAGCCUGUCUCCGACCCAGAAGACUGGUGUGUCAUAUGGAAAGAGGCAUGUAUGCACACCAAGCAAAGGAUACAUAUUGGAGGCUAGAGGGAUGGUGGUGACUGAAGUGUUCGUGUCCCAUCACCCUGGGGCCCAGGAAAUGGGAAGCUGACAGGAACACAAGCGGGAAUGGGAGGUCUGCCUUCCCAGGCUUCACUGUUCCUCAUUCUCUGUCCCCUCCCCUCAUCAGCAGGCUUGCAGAUGCUAAGCUACUUGAGGACAAUGAAUAUUUGUCAAAUUGUCGAGUUCCUCAGAACUUGACUUCUCUGCUAAUUUUU